UCAGAGUUGAGAGACAGAGGCACCCGGGACAGAGACGUGAAGCACUGAAUAUCAAAAUGACUGAAAAGGCUCCUGAGCCACACCUGGAGGAGGAUGAGGAUGACCUGGACGGCAAGCUCAAUUACAAGCCUCCACCUCAGAAGUCCCUGAAAGAACUGCAGGAGAUGGACAAAGACGACGAAAGUCUAACCAAGUACAAGAAAACACUGCUGGGAGAUGGCCCCGUGGUAGCAGACCCAACAAUACCCAAUGUCACUGUCACCCGGCUUACCCUGGUUUGCGAGAGUGCCCCAGGACCAAUCACCAUGGACCUUACUGGNGAUGUUGCAGCCCUCAAAAGGGAAACCUUUGUGCUAAAGGAAGGUGCUGAAUAUAGAGUCAAAAUUAACUUCAAAGUGAACAAGGAUAUUGUGUCAGGCCUGAAAUAUGUUCAGCACACCUACCGAACUGGGGUGAAAGUGGACAAAGCAACAUUCAUGGUUGGCAGCUACGGGCCUCGGCCAGAGGAGUAUGAGUUCCUCACUCCCAUCGAGGAGGCUCCCAAGGGCGUGCUGGCCCGAGGCACGUACCACAACAAGUCCUUCUUCACAGACGACGAUAAGAACGACCACCUCACCUGGGACUGGAACCUGUCCAUUAAGAAGGAGUGGACGGAAUGAGUGCAUCUCCCCACCCCUUUCCCCACCUUGCCACCUGGAGGAAUCCCCCCAGCCGUGUUCAUCGCCCCGUCCCUCCUCCCCGUCCAUGGCUGGGUCUCUCUCCCACACGGCCCUUAUCCAUCCAUCUUAUCCCGCUCUGUCUCUCACAGUGCUUCCCAACACUCGGAGCUUAAAACCGGGCCUUCAUCCGGCCUGUCGCUGGGAUCCUCCAUCCAGGCCAGAUCUUCCAUUCUCCAUCUCAGUGCGCAGUCCUUUCGUGUUUCCCUCCGGCAUUCCCAUUCCCGCACCUAGAGGCCAGGAAGCAGGCAAACCAUCGCUAACAGUCCUUCUGCCUCGGUUCCCGCACUCAUUCCCAUCCCUGGAUUCCUCGGUGGUUGCUGCUGGCCCAACGACUCCCUCGUCACAUCCCCUGCCAGUUGGGGUUCUUUUGUGGGAGACGCUGUAAACAAUGCUAGAGAGUAUGAAUAAAACGACUGU